CAUCCCGACCACAGAGUGUGUGUGUGUGUGUCAGCAGACGGUGAGAGAGACGAAGGCAGGCAGCUAGCUCCCUUUCGCCUUAUCUAAACACAUACAUUCCUCAUUAUGGCGGCCACGGAUGUAGACAUAUUUUCUAAUGAAGAAAAGCGUAACCUCAGCCUUGGUGGUCAUGUCGGCUUUGACAGUCUGCCCGAUCAGCUGGUCAGUAAAUCGGUGACUCAGGGUUUCUGCUUCAACAUCCUCUGUGUGGGUGAGACAGGCAUCGGCAAGUCGACAUUAAUGAACACCCUUUUUAACACCAUGUUUGAAAAUGAGGAGGCCAGCCAUUACCAAAACGGUGUUUACCUGCGGCCCAGAACAUACGACUUGCAAGAGAGCAACGUCCACCUAAAACUGACUAUCGUCGACACGGUGGGCUUUGGGGACCAGAUCAACAAAGAAGAAAGGUACAAAAACUGCUUACUGCUUAGACCAAUCGGUCAUUUUCUAAAAAAAAAAUUAAAAAAAAAUAAAGAUAUUUUUGCCCAUCUUCCCUUUGCUGUGGUGGGCAGUGUGGAGGAGGUGAAGGUGGGGAAUAAGACGGUGAGGGCCAGGCAGUAUCCGUGGGGAGUCGUUCAAGUGGAGAAUGAGAGUCACUGUGAUUUCGUAAAGCUGCGGGAGAUGUUGAUCAGAGUGAACAUGGAGGACCUGCGAGAACAGACUCACGCCAGGCACUACGAACUCUACAGGCGCUGUAAACUAGAGGAGAUGGGCUUCAAAGACACCGACCCAGACAGCCAGCCUUUCAGUCUACAGGAGACAUAUGAAGCCAAAAGGAAGGAGUUUCUUGGAGACCUGCAAAGGAAGGAAGAGGGGAUGCGGCAGAUGUUUGUGAACAAAGUGAAGGAGACCGAGGCCGAGCUGAAGGAGAAGGAGAGAGAGUUACAUGAGAAGUUCGAGCAGCUGAAGCGCAUGCACCAGGAGGAGAAGAGGAAGGUGGAGGAGAAGAGACGGGAGAUGGAGGAGGAGAUGAACGCCUUCAACAGGAGGAAGGUGGCCGCCGAGACCCUCUCGCUCUCACAGCCCCUCAAGAAGGACAAAGACAAGAAAAACAGGUCGGUAAAAACAGAGAACCAAUCAGGCGUCAGCCUCUCCAGCUCCAAAGUGAUGAUGGCCAAAGCCAAUAUGGAGUCCUUGAACUGCCAGAGCUGGUGGCAGGCCAUACAGUGCUGCAGCUGCCUGGUCCACAGCGACGCCUGGAGGCAGGGUCUCUUCUGAGAGAUGGACAGCAUCAGCUGAGGACGCCUGGACAUCAGCAGGCCGUGGAACUGAAGCCAACAGAACCACCGAAAAACCUAAUCUCUUACAGAGGCGAGGGUCUGUAUUUGUACUCUUGAGAAAUGGUGUGUGUGUGUGUAAGACCCUCAUGAGUGGGCUAUAAAAAAAUGUGCCGUGUUCGAUAGUCUCCAUGUUUUUAAAACAUAAGUCUCUCGCUCCGAUUCCUAAUCCAGAUGUUUUGUUUCUCUUCAAUGCAAGCCAAUCAAAGGCAAGCACAACCCAACAAAAUGAUUUUUUAAAAACUUUUUGGGAAUUGAUUCCCUGGAUGAUUUACCAUUCAAGUCAAAUACGAGUUUGCAAAAUUGGCUACUGGUUAGCAUCAACCGAGAUUACACUGAUCAUCAUUGAUGAAUACAAUAAUGUGCACUUAUGAAUCCAGGAACGUACAUUAAGAAAUAAAAUAGGGCCAAUUCUGAUUUCACAUCGAUGCACAUGUUUUCUAGGAACAUCCUUUUUGGAAAAAGAAAUAAGCCAUGUUGCUUGAAUAGGAAUGACGUGAUAGUUUCACGAGUUCAGGGUAGUAAUUCAUAUUGCCUUGUGGAAUAUUUCUGUAAAUGUUUACUGUGGAAGUGUGACUUUCCUUCGUAUCUCUGUCUGUAUGUGAGCGUUUACUUCUCCAAGGGACUGACUGGGGAGUCACAUGGACCUUGUAUGGUAAUAUAUUUAAG